AUGGCGGACUCCAUGGAUGUCCCCGGAGGAAGAGUUCUCAGGAGGAUGACUGAGGAUGUCUAUUCCCCCGAGGAUGUUUUGGUUCUGAUCGCCACGGUCCUAUCCUUGUACAACGCCAUCGAACUCCUCGUCCUCAUAUUCCUCAAGUUUAAGCGACGCAGCGGCCUGUAUUUCUGGAGCCUCUCCCUCGCCUCCUUUGGAAUUAUCCCCUACUGUAUCGGAUGGAUGCUUAUCCAAUUCGGCUUCAGCCAUGCGUGGGUAGGUAUGAUCAUUGAUUCCAUUGGAUGGAUCUUGCUAGUCUCAGGUCACUCCGUGGUUCUGUACUCGAGGCUUCACCUGGUCCUUCAGAACAGUAUCAUUCUGCGGGGCGUGCUGGGCAUGAUUAUUGUCAACGCCAUCGUUUGGCACCCUACUAUCACUGUCCUUCUCUUUGGUUCGGCCUACGCAACUGGUGAUGCCAAUGUAGCCUUCAACCAUGUCUUCGGCAUCCUAGAGAAGGUACAAAUGACCUUCUUCUGCGUCCAGGAGUUCAUCAUUUCUGGCCUCUACAUAUGGAAGACGAUCGAGAUACUCAAAACAGCCUUUGGCAGCAAGAGGGUGUUCCUUUGGAAGCUGUACUCCAUCAAUGUGUUUAUCGUGGUCAUGAACAUUGCUCUGCUCGCCAUCGAGUAUAAGAGUUUAUUCCUCUGGGAGCAGGGAGUCAAGGUCAUUACGUACUCGGUCAAGUUAAAGCUCGAAUUUGCCGUUUUUGGCCAGCUCGUCGAAUUUGUGCAGCACCGCACGGGCAACACUUUGAGCGACCUGACGGGCGCCAACACGGGCGCCUUUGUCGAGCUUUCUGGUAGCCGGACAAAGAAGGAUACGAAGAGCCGAUCGAUGACAGGCAGGGGGGAGGCGAUUCACAUGGAGAAUAUUAAGACAAAUGUGACAUCGACGACGGCGACAGGCAAGAAUUCCUCCGUACUGGGCACCUUGGACCACAGUCAGAUUAAAGUCACCACGAGAAUUGACGUAGACACCAACAGGGGUAGCCGUGUGUCUGGGGAUAGCGAUAGCACGCGUCAUUUGUACGAGGGUGCUAUCCAGGAGAUUGCGAGAUCCUAG